AUGGAUUAUAUUUUCUUCACUCUAUUAUUUGUAUUGAUAUGCUAUCAUGUUGCAGAAUACGUCAUUCACAAAGCAAUUCAUCCUGAUAUAACAGAUAAACGCUCAUUUCUUAUCACUUGGCAAUACUUAGUAGCAUUUUCAGUUGGAUGUAUCGAAUAUUUCAUUGAAUCAUUAAAAUUCUACAAUUUCAAGCACAAUAAGAGCAAUCCUAUGAUUUGGAUUGGCGCUUUUUCCAUUAUAAUAGGACUAUAUAUUCGAUUUGCAGCAAUAUUACAUGCAGGAAAAGCAUUCACACACCAACUUUCAAGAGCGAAGCGUCCUGACCAUAAAUUAGUAACAGAUGGAAUUUACAAAUAUAUACGACAUCCCGGCUAUCUUGGAUUCUUUAUUUUUGCUAUUGGAACGCAAGUAUUUUUAUCAAACAUACUCUCACCAGUCGCAUUUGCUGUUACACUUUGGUAUUUCUUCAAGAGGAGAAUAGCUGAUGAAGAAUACACAUUAUAUACGUUUUUCGGAAAUGAUUACUUAAGGUAUAGAAGCAAGACACCCACAUACUUCCCAUUUAUUGAAUAA